UAACCCAAUCCCGCAGCCCCAGAUACGCACGUUGCCUCCCGGGCUGCAGACGGGGAAAGUCUGCUUCUGACCCGAACGCAGUCCCAGGCGGCCGUGCCCCGCGGUCCCUGCCAGCAUGCAGCUGACAGUCUGCAGGCUCCGGACCCAUCAGUGGUGCUUCAUUCUGUUUAACGUCUUGCUUUUCCAUGCACUGCUUUUUGGAGCAGAUUUACUGGAGGAAUACUUCCUGCGCUCAUUGCCUCUUUCCUACACUGAUGCGAAGGUUCUUGAAAUCAGGGAGAGGGCUAGGAAAUUAGACACGGAUCCUCUGAAGGCCAAUCUCUCCAGGUCUUACACCACCAGCAGUACAGGGGCGUGCUCACAUCAAGAGGUAUUUUUGCUCGUUCUCGUCUGCAGCAGCCCAGAAAACAGGACAAGGCGCAACAUGAUCAGGCAGACGUGGGGUAACGUGACAGACACCGGAGGUUAUGCUGUCCUUACGUUGUUCGCUUUAGGAAAGCCAGCUUCAGUAAUCACCCAGCUGGAAAUCAAUGAAGAGUCUCAAAAGCACAGAGACAUCAUUGAAGGAAGUUUCAUCGAUUCUCCCACGACUCAGACGCAGAAGAUUGUGAUGGGCAUGGAAUGGACAGUAACUUUCUGUCCCCAAGCAAGGUACAUCCUUAAAACCAAUGAAGAAAUGUUUGUCAGUAUUCCAAGCCUGGUUGGAUACUUGCUUAGCUUAACACAACUAGAGGACAUUUAUAUCGGGAGAGUCAUUCAUCAAGCAGUACCUGACAGAGACCCCAAAAGCCCUGGCUUUGUCCCCAUCAGUCAAUAUCCAGACGAGUUUUACCCGGAUUACUGCAGCGGGACAGCGUUCGUGGUUUCCCAGGACGUAGCUCGGAAGGUGUACGUAGCCGCCGAGGAAGUGCCCGUUUCAGUGCCCCCCGAUAUCUUUGUUGGGAUCUGCGCUAAGAAAGCUGGCAUCACUCCUAUUCACAGCUCUCGGUUUUCUGGGGAAAAGCACAUCAGAUACAACCGGUGCUGCUAUAAAUUCAUUUUCACCUCUUCCAACAUGAAAGAGGAUGAGCUAUUUAAAGACUGGAGGGAAAUAAGCGAUGGAAAAGAUUGCUCAUUACUGGAAACUUACUACGGGCUGGUGUCCUGCAAAGUUCUGACCUACUUUGAUAAGUUCAAACAGUUUAACAUAGAUACAAUAAAAAAUGAGGCUCUUCAUUUUGCUGACUAAGAUUUAACUUUUGCAGAGAAAGCCUACAUUUUCUUUCACUGAACAUGAACAAGAUAAAAUGGCUGGUUAAAAACCUGCAUCUCCUCUCAAAGUUAGCACUCUUCCCUUUAAGACUAAAGGGAUUCUUAAUGCUCUAACCUGUUUUAGAGAUUUUCUGAUAGCAAAAGAACCAGAUGUACUUCUAGCUAUAUUGAAUAUGUACAACUGCAUGCAUAGAAGAUGAGCAUUCAAAGAAAGUUGGUCUGUAUCCAGUGUUUUCCAGCCAAGUGCCUCUACCUUAUGCCAAAACUAUUUCUGCAUUUUUGAUCCAAUUUGAGUAACUGGGGCAUCACCUACUUCCAAAGUAUUUUGUGACAGAGGAAUCUUCUCAUCCUCAGUAAAGGAAUCGACCUCUAAACACCCUAUUUUACAGUACCAAUAAAGUUAUAGGACAGCUUAGGCUGGGAACAGACACCGAAGCAUCAUGUGAAUUUGCUUGGAUAACCAGCCUGCAGAGACUUUAGACAAGAAGUCCAACUGACCUGCUGAACAACACUACUUCUGUCACAGUCACGGCAUCAGAGAAACCCUGACAAAAGCAGCUCAGAAGCAGAAUAUUGCUCUGGAGAACAGAGCCAGCAGUGGAGUCAGAACAAAUUCACCAACUAAUUCGCCAGCAGAAUGCAAAAAUCCCCUACCUGAGGGAGCAGUUACAGGACACACAAGCCCACCCUUGCCUAUGUCCUCCAGAUUAGCUUUUCCAUACCAGCUCUUUCAGAAGAAAAAACUAGCUGGACAAGUUCAUUCUACAAUUGUGAUAGAGACACAUGGGAAGAGACAUACGUACCUUUGACGGCCCCCUCUGCUCUUCCCACUGUCUGAAGGAGGUAGAUGUGUGCUCCAGAGAAGCCACAAUUCCUCUUUUUAAAUACCAAGUUAUGCAGGUUGUUAGCCAGUCAAGCAAUGAGCUUUUUUAAAAGUUGUUCCCUUCCUCAGUUCCCUUUCUCCAUCAUUCGUUUGUUUUUCCUUAAUUCCUCUACCUGUUCACAUUACAGGCAGGGGGAGAAACCCUAGUUUUCCCUUGUACACAAGAAAUACCAGUAGCAACAUGUAAGCCACAUGGCUCUAUACAGGAAGGGUAGGGAACUAUGAGAAUAAGGGAUAAAAGUGAUCAAUUAAUCCAUGUUUGUUCAAGCUUUGAGCUCAACAAAAUAAAGUAUUAUGCAUGUA